AUGCCGCGGGGCCGGGCGGCGCGGCGCGGGCGCUGCGGGCGCUGCGGGCGGCGCGCGCUGCUGGCGGCGGCCGCGUGGACCGCGGGCUGGGUGCUGGCGGCCGCGCUGCUGCUCCGCGCGCACCCGGGCGCCCUCUCCGAGCGCUGCUCCGACGCGAAGAGCCGGCGCAUCCUGGACGCGCUGUGCCGGGACUACCGGGGCGGCUGGCUGACCGGCGCCCUGUGUGAGGACCUGUGCGUGGCGGGGCGGCUGCUGUACCAGCGCUGCCUGUACUACGAGCGUGGCAAGAAGGUGCUGCAGGCCCAGUGGCGUGGCCGGCCCGUCGUCCUCAAGUCCAAGAGGGAGGCUUUCUCCAGCUUCCCGCCCCUCGGCCUGCUGGAAGAGGAGGCCGGGCCGGGCGGUCAGGGCAUCUCCGAGGCGGACCUGCUCCUGCUGGUGGCCGGGGAGGUGAAGAACGCGCUAGGUCUGGAGCUGUCGGGCAGCAGCAUGGGGCCCCUGUGGCCGGCCAGGAGAGGCCCAGGCUGGCGGCGGCAGCUGGACAGCGCCUGGUCCCUGCUCCAGCAGGAGGAGUAUGUGUACUUGAGCCUGCUGCAGGACCUCAGUCACCACGUCCUGCCCGUGCUGGGCUCCUGCGGCCACUUCUAUGCUGUGGAGUACCUGGCCCCCGGCAGCCCCCACCACGCGGCUCUCUUUCCGCUGGACGACUCUGGCCCCCGGGGGGGACAGGCUCGGGCCACCAGCCGCAUUGCCCUCAGCUUCCUGGACAUGGUGAGCCACUUCGACAACGACUUCUCCCAUCGCCUCCACCUCUGCGACAUCAAGCCGGAGAACUUUGCCAUCAGGAGCGACUUCACAGUGGUGGCGAUCGACGUGGACAUGGCCUUUUUUGAACCUAAAAUGAGGGAGAUCCUUGAGCAGAAUUGCACCAGAGAUGAGGACUGCAAUUUCUUUGACUGUUUCUCGAGGUGUGAUUUGCGAGCAAACAAGUGUGGAGCCCAGCGAGUCAACAGCAACCUACAGGUCGUCUGUGACAAGAUAUUUCGUCCCUGGUUCUCCUCCACUCUGCGGAGCCCUGUCAUCUCGACCCAGCUGGAGCUGCAGCUCCAGCAGGCCGUGCAGGAGUGCGUAGACGCAGGCGGCAGCGCCUGGAGAGUGGCCCCUCACGUGUUCUGGAAGCUUCAGUGGCUUCUUCAGGCCAUCCUGAGAGAGCUGCAGGAAGCCGAGAAGUAGCUCUUCGCCUUGACCCUUGCACACAGGGAAGGACCUUCAAGUCAUUCCUUCGGCAGCCAUUUGGCGCUGCAGGCUGGAGCGCUGGGUGCCCCCAACCUCCCACACCCGUUUGAGUCCUUUUGGUUGGUCUUGUCUUCUGCCCUGUCAGCCCCUUGCCUCAGAAAUGAAGCCAGCAGGAGGUUCAGACCAUGACUUUGGGGUAGGAGGCGCUCAGACAGAAAACACAAGCCGCAGCACGCGGUCCCCUCCGUGGAAGGCACGUGCGCCUGUUCAUCGGACAAGCGGCCCACGGCCACGUGUGCACACGAGUGGAUGUGUUCACAAAGGAGUGGAUGCACACACGCUCCCGAGGUGCACGUGUGUGUGUAUGUAGACUAGCACGAGUGAGUGUGUGCACAUGGGAAUGUGUGCACACAAGUGCGUUCCUGUGUGUAUACGCACAUGUGCACAAGUCUGCGUACAUACGUGCGUGAUUGUGCUCAAGAAUGAGUGUGCUCAUGAAUGCACAUGCCACUGGAGGCAUGCGCACGAGUCUGCCUGUGAGUGCAUUGGGUGUGCAUGUGAGUGCGCAUGUCUGCUUGUGAGUGCAUGAGUGUGCAUGUGCACACACACAGACAAGUGUGAGCAGUUGGACAUGUAGGGGGUGUUGGGAGGCGGG